AAUUGUUCUAAGGGCAGUCUGCAAGUUGGGCACAACCAUUAUUCGACCAAGAAAUCAGACAACUACACAUCCAUAUAUUAUGGGCAACCCAAAAUAUUUCCCUUAUUUUAAGAACUGCAUUGGUGCUAUUGAUGGCACACAUGUAUCUGCUUGGGCUCCUGCUACUAAACAAACUGCAUUUCGUGGAAGAAAGGUCUUGAUAACACAAAAUGUUCUGGCAGUAUGUGAUUUUGACAUGCUAUUCACAUUUGUUUAUUCUGGUUGGGAAGGAACAACAAAUGACGCAAGAGUGUUUUUAGAUGCUUUGACUCCUGAAAACAAUUUUCCAAAGCCAGAAGGAGAUCAAUUUUAUCUUGUUGACUCUGGAUUUCCAAAUGUGUCUGGCUAUCUUGCCCCAUUUCGGAGGCAAAGGUAUCACAUGCGAGAUUUUCGUGAUGGGGUAAGACCACAACGAAAACAAGAAUUAUUCAACUAUCGACAUUCUUCAUUGAGAAAUAUUAUCGAAAGAUGCUUUGGAGUAUUGAAAGCAAGGUUUCCAAUUUUGAAGUUAAUGCCAAAUUAUCCCGUUCGAAGACAAAGACUAAUCCCUAUUGCUUGUUGCACAGUACACAAUUUUAUUAGAAUGCAAUACGCUAGAGAUAAUCUUUUUGACCAAUAUGCUCAAGAAGACUUAAUUAUGGAUGCACAAGGUUUACAGGUAGACCAACAAGGAGUCAAUGUUGAUGCUAAUCAAGCCGCUGAAAUGGCUCAUGUUCGGGAAACUAUUGCAGAUCAAAUGUGGGAAAAUUUCAAUAGAUUUUAGGUAGAAUUGUAUAAUUUUUAUUUUUAAGACCAAUGAUACUUAUAAUAUUUAUAAUA